AUGCGAGUGGGCCUGUUGGUGUUGGCCCUGGCCAUUUCUUGGGCCAAUGCCGCCGAUAAGAGUAAAUUUAAGAGCUGUGAACAAGUAGGGUUCUGCAAGUAAGUUUUUCCGGUUAAAUUUCAAAUUUAGAGCCCUAAAGAAGUGUUAAGUGGUCUAAAAGAUGUCUUACAUAAAUGAUUAAACGACUAAUCAGCCCAUAAAUACUGUAGCACUUAUAUCUGCGGAUUAAAGUUACAAUCACAUAUUACUUUUCAGACGUCAUCGUCAAGGCCAAGAGCGCCCUUCUUAUUCGAUUAUUCCAGAAUCAGUAAAGUCAAAUGAGACGGCUUUACUGGCCCAACUCAAGUCCUCAGAAAACACUCUGGAUUUGGCCAUUAUCGUUCUAAAAGACAAUACCCUCAGGGUUUUUAUUGAUGAAUCUGGUGAACCUCUAAGGGCGAGGUAUAUCCCCUACGACGCUUUCGUUGGAUAUCCCGAGCAAGAAAAGUAAUAUUAAAAAUUAAAAUUUCUGAAUUCAGUCUUUAGAAUCUCUGAAGUUAAUAUUGAGAAGACCAAGGCGACUUUUGUUCCAUCCAAGAACAAGAAAGUAGUCGUUAAUUACUCUCCUUUCUGGAUUGAAGUCUAUGAUAAGGACGAUUUGAUCAUUGCAGUCAACUCCAAUGGAUUAUUCAAAUUCGAGCACUUCCGUCAUCAGGGAACGGACACAACCAAGGACGGGGAAGGAUUCUGGGAAGAGAAAUUUAAUUCCUUCACGGAUACAAAGCCAUUUGGAUCUUCGGCCAUCAGUUUGGAUGUGGAAUUCUUCGGAUUCAAAUAUCUUUAUGGACUUCCAGAGCAUGCCAUGUCUUUGGCAUUGAGAAGCACAUUGUAAGUGUGUAAUGAAAAUGGACUUGAAAGAUGACAAAAGACGGAAAUUAAAAUUAAUUUCAGGCCCAACCAAAUCGACCCAUAUCGAAUCUUCAACGUUGAUAUCUUCGAAUACGAGAUGAAUUCCCCCAUGUCUUUAUAUGGAGGGUCUCCCUUAGUUAUUGCUCACAACAAGUAUAGGACCGUUGGGGCUUACUGGUUUAAUGUCGCUGACACUUGGGUUGAUAUUCAUUCAACGGCGCUGGAUAAGGUAAUCAAAUAACAUUUAUUCAUUCUCAUGAAGCAAGGCAAUUUUUUACAUUUCAAACAUUUUAGGGUAUUGUAAGCAAACUGGUCGAUACUUUCACUUUCAACGAAGGCCAGGAUCAUGCCGGCGCCCAUUACAUUUCCGAAGCCGGAGUCGCGGACCUUUUCUUAUUCUUGGGGCCAACUCCAAAUGAUAUCUACAGACAACAGGCCAAUCUCGCGGGUGCUCAUCCACUCCCUUCUGUAAGUCAUCCAAAUACAAACAAUCAUAACCGCCUUUUUUGAAUUCUUUCUAUGUCAUCAUAAUUUUUAGAUUACCGGUAUUGCAUAUCAUCAAUGCAGAUGGAACUACAAUGAUGAAAAGGACGUCUUAGAUGUCGAUAAAAACUUUGACAAGUAUGACAUCCCCUAUGACACCAUCUGGCUGGAUAUUGAACACACGAUUGGAAAGAAAUACUUCACUUGGGAUCCUGAUCGUUUCCCGAAUCCGAAGGAGAUGAUUAAAAAGAUCGAAGCCAAGGGCCGAUCCGUUGUCACUAUCGUUGAUCCCCAUGUUAAAAAAGACGACAGUUACCCGACUUAUAAACUGGCCAAAGACCGCGACUUCUACGUCAAGAAUGCCGGAGGGCAGAGUGACUUUGAGGGAGAUUGUUGGCCCGGGAAGUCAUCAUAUCUGGAUCUUCUGAAUCCGGAAGUCAGAGAGUAUUUGGCCGACAGAUAUCUUCUAGAAAAUUACGAAGGAUCUACGGAGAGACUGUGGACUUGGAACGACAUGAAUGAGCCUUCCGUUUUCACCUCUAACGAGAUGACCAUGCCCAGAGACAACAUUCAUUACGGUGGGUGGGAGAACAGAGAAGUCCACAACAUUUAUGGAAUGCUAUAUGUAAGUGUUCAGUGUUGUAUUCGUAUCUCCAAAUUUAGCAUAACUCAACCUACUUUGGUCAUCUUCGCCGUUCAAAUAACAAGCUCCGUCCAUUUAUCUUGACCAGGUCUUUCUUCACCGGAAGCCAACGAACCGCCGCCAUUUGGACUGGAGAUAACGCCGCAGAAUGGAUCCAUCUGAAGGCCACGAUCCCCAUGCUGUUAUCUUUAUCCAUCGCCGGGUUCCCAAAUGUUGGAGCUGAUGUGGGUGGAUUCUUCGGCAAUCCGACGGAGGAACUCUUGGUUAGAUGGUAUCAAGCCGGCGCUUUCCAGCCGUUCUUCAGAGCCCAUGCUCAUUUGGACGCUAAGAGAAGAGAGCCUUGGCUGUUUAGCGAGGAGACUCGAGAGCAUAUCAGGGAUGCUGUUCUUCGAAGAUAUCAACUUCUCCCUUACUGGUACACUUUGUUCUAUGAACAUUCCAAGACUGGAAAGCCUAUUAUGAGACCACUCUGGUCUGAAUUCCCCUCGGAUGAGACUGGAUUUGACGAAGAAAGGGAGUACCUUCUGGGCAAUGCUCUUUUGGUCCGUCCAGUUACUGAUCCUGAAGUCAAAUCAGUAUCCUUAUAUCUUCCCGGAUAUCAACAAGUUUGGUAUGAUUGGGAUACCGGAAAAAUGCAUGUUUCUCCUGGCGCUAUUUACACCGAUACUCCCUUGUCCAAGAUCCCUGUCUACCAGCGAGGGGGCACCAUCAUCCCAGUGAGACACCGAGUCCGUCGUUCGGCGGCUUUGAUGAGAAAUGACCCAAUUACUUUGUACAUUGCCAGUGAACUCAACCGAGAUUUCGCCAACGGAUCUUUGUAUCUGGAUGACGGAGAGUCUUACAGUUACAAGGACGGAGAUUACAUGCACUGGGGAUAUACUUUCAAGAAGCAGAGCGACUUCUUGUAUACGAUUACUAGCAAGAAUUUGGAUAAGAAUGGGCAGUUCGACCCUGAUGUUUACAUUGAGAAGAUUAUCAUCAGGGGGGUCAGGUUCUAUCCAAGAAAUAUCCAUCUGUAUUAUGAUGGUAAGUGCCAAAUUUGUUUUUAGUCAUCAUUUUGUUCUGUUGAAUGCCCUAAUUUCUCCUUUGAUUGCGUAUUUUAUUAUAUUAUUAUUAUAGCGAUCUUAUUUGCAGAUUACAACCCAGAAGAUCUCGAGUUUACCCACGACCGGGAGCUCCGUCAAGUUGUGAUCAGAAAGGCGAAUGCCUUCGUUUCCAGGGACUGGAGAAUCGACAUCCACAUCUAA